CUCAUAUGUAAUCAGCCAUGUAUUAAAGUAAGCAAGCAAGAAACGUAUGUCAGUUUCAAAUACCAACUCCCACAAAAAUUUGUAAUUAGAUUAAAUACGCAAGUAGUUCCCUAGGAAACAAAGAUGGGCUAAUAAUGCACUUCCUAUAUCGUAUAUAACCCAAUAAGUUAUAAUGUUGAAAGAUACAUGUAAGAAAACAACCAUGUUUAAAUAGUUUAAGAUCAAUAAUAACUCCUUCGGAAAUCUAGCAAGGAUUCAUGACGAUUUGGCCUCGUCUUAAUUAUUCACAUAAUCCUUUUUUAGUGAUGAUGACAUCAAUUUAUUAAUUAUACACUAUAUAUACAUAUUAACAUAUAUAUAGUAAAGAUGGGUAUAUUCCAUGAGUACAGUAUACUGUAGAUUAUCUAGCUGUUAGAUGUACUUCGAUAAACUCCGACAAAUUUUGACGGUCAAUUUUUGUUUUCCAUUAAAUUGAACAUCGGGUUUGGGUUUAGAUAAUUGGGGUAUGGAGUUUAUCCAUUAGAGGUUGGGUAUAGUAUCAUAUCUUAAGCUCGUUUAAAUUCAUGACUUAGAUAAAUAUAUCUCACUGGACCGUAAAAUUGGUUUGAAUUUUUUUUUAAGUGUAAAAAUAUAUCGAAUGUACAUGUAAUUUGUGCAAAUAUUUUUGUCAACCAAAACUUAGAUGUCUAAUUAAUAGAAUUAUUAUUAAUAUUUAUUCGGACAUAUCUACUGACAAAACAGUAGCUUUUAAUUUGUUCUAAUCAAUAGUAAUAUAAAGUAGAGAUGCCUCUUGGCCAGGAGGAAGCACUCCAAUCUAGUACUACUACCUAAGCAAUUAAUAUGGAUGCGACUACUGCAAUGAUGGAGGAGCUUCUCGAGGCCCAGCCCCGGCUUUGGGAUCACUGCCUUAGCUACAUCAUCGGAAUGACCCUCCAAUGUGCCGUCGAGAUGGAGAUCGCAGACGCGAUUCAGGGCCACGGCGAGCCCCUGUCCUUAGAGGGGCUCGCCACGGCCCUUGACAUCUCUUUGGCCAAAGCCCCAUUCCUCUCGCGCCUCAUGCGCAUGCUCGUCCACUUGGGCUACUUCUUCUUCGUGCAAGAAGACGGAGAGGGGCCCCACGGCUACAGCCUGGCGCCCCUCUCCCGACUCCUGCUCAAGGACAGCCCAUUCAACGCCAGGUCAUUCGUCACGUGCAUGAGCCAUCCCAACAUGGUGGACCCGUGGCGCCACAUGACCACUUGGUUUCGCAGUGACGACGGCGGCGACAAACCACCGCCAUCUUCUCCUUUCGCUCUGGCUCACUCCGGCAAGAAGCUGUACGACGUUUGCUCGGCGGACCCAGCGUACGGGGAGUUGUUGGCCAAAGCGCUGGCGGGGGACAGCUGGAUGUUCAGUAGGGCUCUGGUGGGUAAGUGCAAAGAUACAUUCCAAGGGUUGGGCUCGCUUGUGGACGUCGGCGGGAGCACCGGAACCACGGCCAAGGCUAUCGCCGAGGCCUUCCCCGGGAUCCACUGCACUGUGUUUGAUCUCCCUCACGUGGUCGCUGCUGCAGAAGAAGAAGGCCGCCGCUCCAAACAUCCGUCCAAUCUGGACUUCGUAGCCGGCGACAUGCUUGCCGACAAUAUUCCUCCAGCUGAUGCGCUGCUCUUCAAGUGGGUGCUAUGUGACUGGCCGGACGGACUCGUGGUCCAAGUGUUGAAGCAGUGCAAGUCAGCAUUGAUGAAGAGCAAGAACGGCGGCGGCGGCAAGGUGAUGAUCGCCGACCACGUGCUGGGCCAUGAGAGUUGCAGCGACAGGACCUCCAUGGGAACAUCCUUGCUCUUCGACCUCAUCGCUAUGGCAGUCGCUGAGGGUUCUCUCAGAACUGAGAAACAGUGGGCCAAGCUCUUCUCUGAUGCGGGCUUCACCAACUACACAAUCACUCCCGUCUGUGGGCUGCGAGUCCUCAUCCAAGUCUACCCUUAAUUCAUUUCUGCUGCAUGUUUACCAACAGUAACAGUAGUGGUUAAUUAAUAAUAAUUAACCACAGUUACGUUGGUCGUGUCUGUUGUAUGUUGUUGGUGGUUAAUCUCUAUUAAUGUCGGUUGUUUGUUUGUGUAAUAAAGGUACCCUUUUCGUGUGUUGUUCUAUUAUAUGUUUUAUAUGAUUCCGUCGAAGCAUCGGUUGUAUGAACACGUACAGAAAUUAAGCUUGUCGUUUCUU